AUGAAUUGGACUCAUUAUAAGGUAAUUAACAGCACUUUGGCCGAUCAUAUUCAAAAGGAAUUAUUAUUUUCACUUUUGCCCAAUCAACAAAUCCAACCAAGAGGUACAACUGUUGCACAAACCACAGACAUUCCUAUCUAUUAUCAUGUGGCUCACCCACUCAACUAUCAUUUCAUCCUGGACGAACCUGAUAAAUGUAGUCAGUGGGAUCCGUUCCUGGUCUUGAUGGUCCCUGUGGCCCCUCAACAGGUAGAUGCUCGUAAUGCCAUCCGGAGCACAUGGGGGAAUGAAAGCUCAGUCCAGGGAAAAGCAGUGCUGACUCUGUUCUUGGUGGGUUUGACUGGAGGACCUGAAGCUCAACAGCAGCUGGAGGAAGAGAGCCGACAACACAGAGAUUUAGUGCAGAGCAACUUUGUGGACUCCUACUUCAACCUGACCAUAAAGACAAUGGUGAUCAUGAACUGGUUGGCCACUCGUUGCCCUCAAGCAUCUUAUGCUAUGAAGGUUGAUUCUGACAUGUACAUAGGCCUGGAGAACCUGAUGAGCCUGCUAUUGGCACCCAACACACCCAGACAGAACUACAUUACAGGCUAUUUGAUGUGGGACCGGCCUGUCGUCAGAGACAAAAACUCAAAAUGGUACGUGGCAGAGGAACUGUACCCUGAACCGAAAUACCCCACGUACCUGCUUGGAAUGGGAUAUGUUUUCUCCAAUGAUCUGCCAGAAAAGAUAGUUGAGGCUUCCAAGAAAGUAAACGCCUUUAAUAUUGAGGAUGCAUAUGUGGGCGCUUGUCUAAAACAGUUAGGCAUUGCACCCUCAUCUCCCCCAAACCCUUCACAAUUUAGAGCCUAUCUGGGACAAUAUAAGCGAGAGGAUUUUCUCAGAGUUAUUACAACAAUCCUGGGAUCCCCACAGCAGCUAAUAGACAUUUGGAAGGAUGUAAAGAGGCCCACAUAAAAGCACAAACAAACAAAAAGGAGAAACAUAUUUCUGUUUUAAAAGACAGGAAACAUGGUUUAAGUCUUAAGACUUCAGUAAAUGAACAAUUUUAAAAGUUUGACAGCUGGAACUGGGACUAUGAUAUAUGCAUGUGGACCUGUUGACACUAUUUUGACGGGGUGAAGGGAUCGUUUGAGGAGUCUCGAAACACGCUUUUAAAGUUAAACUUCUUUUAACAGGAAACGAGGCUUUAAA